AUGUCUUCUCAAUCCGAAGAUCAUCAAAACAAACGGGAUCAAUCAAAUCAUCAGUCAUCUUCGUCGUCAGAUACAAAUAACAAUCACCAAACACCACCGCCGCCAUCAGAACCGCCUAACAACCAAUCACCGGCACACGGUUAUCCGCCGGCGAUGGGUUACCCGCCACAAAUGAUGUAUCCCAAUGCCCCACACCCUGGCUACCCUCCUCCUCCACCCCAUGGUUAUAACCAUUACCCUUACACGCAACCACCGCCAGCCUUUUAUUAUAGUCAGGGUUAUCCAUCUUCCCAACAUGAUCGAUGUUCAGGAUUUGCUCGUGGAAUUAUUGCAGCUAUGAUUCUUUUAAUUGUUCUUUCCUGCCUCUCAAGCCUAAUCACCUGGGCAGUUUUACGCCCACAAAUCCCAGUUUUCCAUGUAGAUAACAUGUCUGUCUCCAAUUUCAAUACCUCAUCGACUCCUUUCACGGCAACGUGGGAUACAAAUCUUACACUCGAAAACCCAAACCAUAAGUUAAGACUUUACUUCGAUAGAAUCGUGGGUGCUAUGUUUUACAAUGAAGAAGAUUCCUUGGGUUCUGCUUGGCUCAACCCCAUUUUCAUGGACACCCAAACCAAAACCACGAUACAUGCUGUCAUUUCCGCAAAUGGUUCAGCUCAAAACGCGGUGCCGAUUUGGUUAGCACAAGAAAUGGGCAAAGAUCGAGCCACAGGGGCCGUGAGUUUUGCCUUGAGAUUUCGGGUGUGGGCAACGUUUAAAAGUGGGUCGUGGUGGACGAGGAGUUUGAUACUGAGAGUUUUAUGUGACGAUUUGAAGGUUAAUUUCGUGGGCGCUUCAGGAAAUGGAGCAUUAUCACCUGGAAAUCGUGACGAUUGCGAGGUUUAUGCCUGA